CCUCCCGCGAUCGCCAGUUCAGCGCCGAUUGACCGUCCAAGAACCAUCUCGUAGUACCAUCGCGACCGUGGCGACUUUUUGUGCAACGCAAGUACGCGGAGGCGUCGACGACCUGGUGCGUGUUUGUUGAUGGUGAGUGAAAAUGGUGGGUGCGGAAGAGACGCGCGGCGUCGGCGUCGCGGCGCCCGGGGCGCCAGUUCGCGAGGCGAAGCCCGUGUGCGUGCCCAUGUCCACGAUGGAAGAGGAGAACCUGAGGGAGCGUCUGCACGUCGCGCAGCUGAGGCAGUGCGCCGAGAUCGUCGGCGAGGAACAGAAGUACUCGAGGGACACGUUUAGAAGGCUCUUCCAGGGAAAGGACCUCCUGGAGCAGCUGUUCAAGCUCUUCGACCAGGACCGCGACCAGGCCCUCGUGCAAGAAAACUGGAUCGAGUUCCUCAAGCAGCGACUCACAGAUGAGAAGCAGAUAGAUUUCGCGGAACAGCUCGAGAGCGUGGCGUUCUGCCUUUGCGGCGACCAGCCCAUCCAUCAGGAGCAGUUCUACCAGAUUUUUAACGCGAAAGGAAUCGUAGAUAAGUUAUUUAGGGUAAUAGACCGCGACAACACCGGGUUCGUGACGUCCGAACACAUUAUGGAGUUCCUGGCGACCAUCACCAACGCGAGGCCUAGAACGGGAUUCGACAAAGGCAGCUUGGACCGGCUGGAGCAGCUGUUCAAGCAGACGGUGGGAAACGAGAAGGAGAUUCGCAGGGAGGAGUUCAAGAAAAUCGUCGUUUCGAAAAACCCUUUCUUCACCGAGCGCGUUUUCCAAAUCUUCGACAAGGACAACUCGGGCUCGAUUUCGCUCCAGGAGUUCCUGGACUCGAUGCACCAGUUCGCCGGGCAGACCCCCGACGACAAAAUUCGGUUCCUCUUCAAAGUUUACGAUCUCGACGGCGACGGGUUAAUACAACAUAAAGAAUUGCAACACGUUAUGAGAGCUUGUAUGGAAGAAAAUGGAAUGCAGUUCAGCGAAGAGCAAAUCGAUGACUUGACAGUGGCGAUGUUCGAGGAUGCCGACAUGAACAACAGGGGGGCUAUCACUUACGAAGCUCUCAAAAACCAGCUGGAGAAGCAUGGGGGGCUCCUCGAAAACCUAUCAAUCAGCAUCGACCGGUGGCUGGUCCCUCCCAAGCCGAAAACCCCACCUGAUUCUUUCGUUAGGAAGAUCAUGGCUUUGAAGCCCUACCAGUUAACGAAGCCCUACUUCAAAAACAACUACGUUUAUUUAAUCUUCCUGGCGGCUUUCUUGUUCGUGAACGCUGCCCUUUUCAUUUCUCGAGCCAUCGAGUACAGAGCGGCUAAUUGGUUUACGAUAUUCGCAAGAGCUUGCGGUCAGUGUCUCAACUUCAACUGUAUGUUCGUGUUGGUGUUGAUGUUGCGUCAGUGCAUCACCUUUCUUCGUACGAGGGGCUUCAGUUCCAUACUCCCUCUAGACCAGCACAUCUACUUCCACAAACUCACCGGAAUCUUCAUCUUCUCCUACAGUUUUCUACAUACUAUAAUGCACGUGUGCAAUUUUAGUCUAAUCGUGGUUAAUUCGCCGACCAUCAACGCUAAGAAUUUCACGACCAACGAGUGGUUGUUUACCACCAAACCUGGUCUGUUCGGUUUGAUUCCAGGAGUGGCAAACCCCACCGGCUUCGCCCUGUUCUUCAUUCUCUUGGUCAUGUUUAUCUGCUCGCAAGCCUUUGUGAGACGAGGUGGCUGUUUUGAGGUAUUCUACUGGACGCAUUUGAUGUAUGUGCCCUUCUGGAUACUGUUAAUCCUUCACGGUCCCAAUUUCUGGAAAUGGUUUAUCUUGCCUGGGUGCGUCUACGGGAUCGAACGCAUCAUGAGAAUAGUCUGGAUGAAGAGCGAACGCGGGAAAACGUACAUCAGCUCGGGACUUCUCCUUCCUUCGAAAGUGACUCACUUGGUGAUUAAACGACCACUCCAGUUCGACUUCCACCCAGGGGACUACGUGUUCGUUAAUAUUCCGGCUAUAGCGAAGUACGAGUGGCACCCAUUCACCAUCAGUAGUGCUCCGGAACAAGAAGAUUAUAUGUGGCUCCACAUCCGAGCUGUAGGUCAGUGGACGAACAGACUCUACGAAUACUUCGAGAAAGAACAAGAGAAGCUCCACAACGGUGAUAUUCCACCCUUGAGUGGCCAAAACACCAAGAAGCGACUCUCCAACGGCAGCAUCGACAACAACAACCAAAACCCGUUGAAGAAGCUCCAAGCUACCAUAACUCGAACCCUCUCGAACCGGGAUGCUACCCGAAAACCGGGCGUCCAACUCGUGGGUUUCUCCAACGACUCGUUUCAAGACGACAACAGCAGGAAACUAGCAGAAAGCGACUUCAAUCGUGCUUCUUGCAGCAACACCGAUCUGACGGCUUACUCAAAUCGGCCUAAACGACCCAAUUCAGAGAAAAAACUCCAUCGACUCCUUUUUGCUGACAAAGCUCCUCUGGAAAAGUCUUUGUCGAUGCCGGAUAUACAAACGAAAGCCAAAAAAAGAGAGAGGCUGUUAGUUCUGCGUGAAUAUAUGCGUUCGGAGUCGGAGAAAAGUUUCGACGAGUGUCAAAUCCGCCGUGCCCGUCUUCAGUCUCUUGGUUUGGCUUACCUCAGCCCUCAGAACAAGUCUCUGGCUCAAAGUUUCCGCUACAUGCGUAACAAACCGACGAUUAUUGCUUUCAAGACCCCUAGUUUGGAAAACUGCGACCAGAGAGACUCGAGCAGCUCUUUGGGUUCAGUCGGACGUCAAGUCAGUGCUCUUAGUUUCGUCUCGACCCCCGAGAGACAAGCGGAGGAAGGUAGGGCAGGUUUCCGUACCGAUUUCUCCCCAGGAACUGUUCCCGUUAAACCCAUGAACUAUCCCGUAGGAAAACCCCUAGAGCCCAUUUUUGAGAAAGCAACUCCUAACGAUAGCGAUGAAGAGCUUCGCCAUCGAAUUUUACUUGAAAUGCCUGUGGGGGCUGGGACUGAGAUUUAUCUGGAUGGACCAUACGGAGCACCCUCGAGCCACAUUUUCCGCGCCCAGCACGCCGUUCUUAUAGCGACAGGAAUCGGAGUCACUCCGUUCGCCUCCAUUCUUCAGUCCAUCAUGCACAGAUACUGGAAAGCUCGCCACUGUUGUCCGCGUUGCAAGUUUGCUUGGGCUAGUGAAAUUCCGGCCACGGUGAUGAAUUUAAGAAAGGUCGACUUCUUCUGGAUCAACAGAAACCAGCGGUCUUUCGAAUGGUUUGUCAAUUUGUUAUCGCAGUUGGAAAUAGAGCAAGCGGAACUGGGUGGCGCCAUGGAGCGUUUCCUGGAGAUGCACAUGUACAUUACGAGUGCCCUGCAGAAGACCGACAUGAAGGCGGUCGGUCUUCAGCUGGCCUUGGACUUGCUCCACGAGAAAGAAAAAAGAGACUUGAUAACUGGCUUGAAGACUAGAACUAACGCCGGUCGUCCAAACUGGGAUAAAGUGUUCAAACAAAUUCUAGACCAAAAGAAAGGUAAAGUAACGGUGUUCUAUUGUGGGCCGCCGCAACUCGCCAGGAUUAUUAGAGUAAAAUGUGAUCAGUACGGUUUUAGGUUCCGAAAGGAAGUGUUUUAAUGUUGUUUUGUAAAUUUGUAUUGUAAUUUGUAUGAUAUUUAUUUAUAUUAUUUAUUUCUUCUUCUGUAUAAUAGUUCUAACACAGAUAUUUAUUAAUUUUAAUGCUCUUUUAACUUCUAUGUGUAGAUCACUCUCACG